UCACUCCCCACUCUCUCUCUCCCCAAAUUCAAAAUUGCAUUUCCUUUUUCUCCGUUGAAUUUGAAAAGAUUCUGCUCUACAUAAAUAAAUCCUCAGGUUUCAAUUACUGCUCUGACUUUUGCUUUUCUGACGUGUUUCGAUCUCUUGUUCUUCUUUGUUCGCGGCGUUUCUCGCUUCCUGUUCGCCGGUUGUUUUGACAUGGAAGUUGCCCCGUUGUCUGUGAAAUUAUGGCCUCCUUCACAAAGUACAAGGCUUAAACUUGUCGAUAGGAUGACCAAGAAUCUUGUGACGCCCUCCAUUUGGUCUAGAAAGUAUGGUCUCCUGAGUCAGAAAGAAGCUGAGGAGGAUGCCAAGAAAAUAGAAGCUGCUGCUUUUGAUGCAGCGAACCAACAUUUUGCAAAGGAACCAGAUGGAGAUGGAAGUUCUGCAGUGCAAUUGUACGCCAAGGAAUCCAGUAGGCUCAUGAUUGAAGUUAUCAAACGAGGCCCUGUUGCAAAAGCAGAUGGAGAACUUAGUAUAUUAGACAAAUUGAAGGAAUAUGAUGGAACUACUUUUGAUAUAUCUGGAGAUCCACGGAAAGAGAUUGGUGCAGGUGAUGCUGAGAAACUGUUGAACCUCUUGAAGGAGCCUAGAAAUAAAUACACGAAGAUAUGUUUUAGCAAUACAAGUUUCGGUCGGGAGGCAGCACUAGUUGCUGAGCCUAUAGUGUCAUCCAUUAAGAAUCAAUUGACUGAAGUUGACCUAUCGGAUUUUGUGGCUGGAAGGUCUGAGGAGGAAGCUCUUGAAGUCAUGAAUAUAUUUUCAUUAGCCCUGGAAGGUUCUGUAUUGCGCUAUCUCAACCUGUCCAACAAUGCUUUGGGUGAGAAGGGCAUCAGGGCAUUUGGGGCACUUUUAAAGUCCCAGCAUAAUUUGGAGGAACUGUACCUGAUUAAUGAUGGCAUCUCGGAGGAGGCUGCAAAGGCAGUACAUGAGUUAAUUCCUUCUACCGAUAAACUUAGGGUCCUUCAGUUUCAUAACAACAUGACUGGAGAUGAAGGAGCGAUAGCUAUAUCUAAUAUAGUGAAUAGUUCUCCCUUGCUGGAAGAUUUUCGAUGCUCAUCUACGAGAGUGGAAUCAGAGGGAGGUAUUGCCUUAGCUAAAGCACUUGGGACAUGUAGCCACUUAAAGAAGCUUGAUUUGCGAGACAAUAUGUUUGGUAUUGAGGCCGGAUUAGCUUUGAGCAAGGCAUUAUCUGCAUUUUCUGAUCUAUCUGAAAUCUACUUGAGCUAUUUGAAUUUGGAGGAUGAGGGGUGUAUUGCUCUAUCAAAUGCCCUAGAGGAAUCUGCUCCGUCACUGGAAGUUCUGGAUAUGGCUGGAAAUGAAAUCACCGCUAAAGCUGCUCCUGCUCUCGCUUCCUGUAUCGCUUCCAAGCAGUUUCUUGCCAAAUUGAACUUGGGUGAGAAUGAAUUGAAGGAUGAGGGUGCUAUCUUGAUUGCCAAGGCACUGGAGGAGGGUCAUGGUCAAUUAUGUGAAGUGGACAUGAAUACUAAUUUGAUAAGAAGGGCUGGUGCUAGACGCUUGGCCACAGCUGUUGUGGGUAAACCGGGGUUUACAUUGCUGAAUAUCAAUGGAAAUUACAUAUCUGAUGAGGGGAUUGAUGAGGUCAAAGAUAUAUUCAAGAAUUGCCUUAAUGUUCUUGGUCCUUUGGAUGACAAUGAUCCAGACGGAGACGACUUUGAUGACGAGGGGGACGAACAAAGUGGUCACGAUGAACUUGAGUUGGAAUCCAAACUGAGGGGUCUUGAAAUCAAACAGGAAGAAUGAGAAUUGCACGAUUAUUAUGGCUUAGUGUCUACUGUUUCAUGGAUUUCCAGACUCUUGAAUUGUUUGUAUAAGUAUGGGUCAGCUGACCAUUUGUCUUAGAUGCUAGGAAUGACUUUUACUUGCAAAAAGUGCUUAACAGCUCCUUCAUCCUUCAUAUUCAGAUGUAUGUCUUUAGAUUUUUUUGAAAUGACACGGAGUUGGAUCAAUUUGUGAUAACACAAGUGCGGGAAUGUUAUUGAAAUUGUUUAGAGUUA